GCGGAAUCCCCCACUUCUUUCAGCGGCUCUCCAGCAAGAGCAACCCCAUUGCAUCAGCUACAGCACAGCCCGUGCGACGCCGAUCGUCUUCCGAUCAGGAAAGGCGUCCCUAGGCCGGAACUGAGGACAACGAGGAGGAGAGAAACCGACAGCGCUUCGUCCUGCGGGAAGGUCCGCCAGAGAGGCCAAACUCUCGUUAAAAUAAAAAAUAAAACUAAGGAGCGCACAAACCAGGAAGAAAGGCGGACGACGCUCAGGAGAGUAAACCAGGAACCCUUGAGAGCAAGUCGAGUUUCCUAGGGGAGGCUUUAUCGAGGGAAGGAUGUGGCCGCGCUGCAAGGCGAUCUAAAUCUGAUGUCAGAGGCGGCUGCGCUCAGAAACUAGUCAUUGUUGAUAAGAAUCCAAAAACAUACUAGUACAUUUCAGGGGCCCCUUGCCCUCUCCCCAAUAGUUCCCAUAAUGAGUUUUUCCCUUGUUGCUUAUGAUGAUUCGGAUUCUGAAGCAGAGACUGGGAGAUCUGGAGAUUUAAUUAGCAGUGAAAUCAAUCUAACAAAUUCCGCUGUGGAUGUUGUUCAGCCCACUGAUGACUUAAAUAUUAUUUCUGAGACAAAAGCCGAAUCUGUGGAAUACAUGGGAAGCUCCAAAAAGAACAUGUCUUAUGAGGAUACCUUUCAACAGCAUCUACAACCUAAUGAAAAGACUACAAUAACAGCAGUACAACAGCAGCACAACAGAAAUUGUACUCUGACUAAAACAAGGACUAAGUAUACCCAGCCAUUAUAUACCCAGCCGUUGGAACCUAAAAUACCUUCUGGAAACACAUAUGCUCAGAAGAGGAUGCGUAAUGAUGAAGAUGUAACGAUUCAAAAACUGAGACCAUAUGUUUCAAAAAAAGUGCAACAGGAAAAAAAGGAAUACCAAGAAGAGAGUGCAUCGUCUCCAGUUAAAUUUAGUACAGCUGAAGAUAAAAUGACAGUUAAAGUUUCCCAAUAUAUUAUGCCAUAUGUAGGAUCAAAAUAUGCAGUUACUGAAAUUCCAAAGAACUUAGUAUUUCACAUGGCUGAGCACAGUGGACCAGUUAAUGCAGUUCGCUGGUGUCCUCUACAGAGGUGGAGCCAUAUGUUGCUUUCUGCCUCUAUGGAUAAAACUGUCAAGGUUUGGGAUGCUGUGGAUGAAGGACGCUGUUUGAAAUCAUACUUUAUCCAUACUGGUGCUGUCCGAGCUAUUCAGUGGUCUCCCUGUGGAAAAACUGCACUGAGUGGAGGCUUUGAUUUUAUGCUUCAUUUAACAGAUAUUGAAACAGGAACACAGCUUUUUAGCAGCAAGAAUGAGUUUCGAAUCAGCACCCUGACAUUUCAUCCUCUUGAUCCAAAUGUUUUUCUUUGUGGAGGAUUCAGUCCAGAAGUUAAAGCCUGGGAUAUAAGGUCUUCUAAGGUUAUAAAAGUCUACAAAGCCACAGUUCAACAAACCUUGGAUAUCAUGUUUCUCCAUGAAGGAAAAGAAUUUUUUACCAGCACUGAUGCAGUGAGCCAAGAUUCAGCUGAUCGUACCAUCAUUGCCUGGGACUUCCAAACUGCUGCAAAGAUUUCCAAUCAAAUUUUUCAUGAACGUUUUACCUGCCCCAGUCUUUCAGUUCAUCCUAAAGAGCCUGCCUUUGUUGCUCAGACAAACGGUAACUACAUGGCUUUAUUUUCCAGCCUGCCACCUUAUCGAAUCAACAAAAAGAAGAGGUUUGAAGGGCACAAGGUUGAAGGAUUUGCUGUAGGCUGUGAAUUUUCACCUGAUGGAACACUUCUUGUGACAGGAAGUUCAGAUGGCAAAGUAUUUUUUUACAACUAUCGCACAGCUCAAAUUAUCCGCACCAUGUCAGCACAUAGUCAAGCCUGUGUGAAUGCAGUCUACCAUCCAGUCCUUCCAUCACUCCUUGCUACCUGUGCCUGGGAUGGGAUAAUCAAGAUCUGGCAAUAAUAGGAAAGUUAGAUAGCCAACUGGCUUUCCAACUUUGUAAAUAUACUUUUUUUUCCCUUGUAGUUUAAUUUCUUAGAACUUUUAUGUUCUGUACAAUGGUACACCAAACCAGUGCUUCUCAACCCUAGUGACUUUAUGAUUUGUGGACCUCAAAUCCCCAAAUCCCCCAGGCACAAUGCUUGCUGGGAAAUUCUGUGAGUUGGUUAACAUAUUUAGAGCAGCUAAGAUUUCAGAAAUACAUACUAAAUCAAUCUUACUAAGACUAUGUGGGGCAGGAAAUAUAAAAUUCUCCAGUCAUGCUACACAAAUAAUUAAUUUGCCUGGCGCUGUUUUUGAGUCAUACUUUGCCCUUAACUUAACUUCUCCAAAGAGUUUUUUGAUGCCGUUACAGCUACAGUAUUCUUUUAAAUAGCUGCUACUAGCUUUCUCCAAGUUUUUGUUGCUGGGAAUUAGGACAAUAUGAGCUAGAUUGAAAAAGGAAUUAAAGAUUAACUGAAGCCCUAAAUCUAUAUGUUCUGCCUGUUUUAAUUGGAUGUGGAAUGCACAAAUUUAAUUGAUAGAAGUAAUUAAAAGGAAUUCAAUAUCAUUCCAACUUCUUCUGGGAGCCUAGAUUUUUUAAAUCACUUUAGCAUUACUAAAUCAGCACUCUUAGAUUAAAACUUAACUAUUCUUUAGCUUCCGUCACUGCUUUACCCUUGUACUAUUACUUGAUCCGGCAGGCUUUUCAU